AUGCAGGUUUUACAAGACCUAUAUACUGCGCCCCAGUUCAAGUGUGUAGAUGGCACUCUGCUGUUUGAUUCAAGUGUGAAGGAGGCUUUCUGGCACACUUAUGAUUUUCUAGAAACAUGUGCCAUGAAGGGCGUGACCUUGAAGCCAGAAAAGUUCAAGUCCUGCAGGAGGCAGGUGGACUUUGUUGGAUUUCACAUAGGGUGGGACACCUACAAGCCCACAGAGGAGAGGCUGGCUGCUUUGAGGAGUUUUGACAUGCCUGCCCAGCCCUUCCUAACAGACAUCUGCUCCUGGCACGGUUUUGUUAACCAGGAGAAGUUUGAACUGAAAAAGGAAGUAAUCUACAAACUGUCGCAGGAGGGCCUGACGUUCUAUGACAAGGAUAGGCCUACUGUGGUGGCGACGGACUGGAGUAAAGUGGGCAUUGGCUUCGUGAUUCUGCAGCAGCAUUGUUCCUGUCUCAUGAGAGAAGCCCCCUUCUGCUACAAAAGUGGGUGGCGCUUGGCAUUGUGUGGCAGCCGUCACCUGACACCUGUGGAAACAGGCUACGCGCCCGUGGAGGGCGAGGGUCUGGCUGUCGCAUGGUGCCUUCGCAAAGCCCGCCUAUUCCUCCUUGGGUGCCCCAAUCUUCUCAUCAUAACUGACCAUCGUCCGCUGGUGAAGCUCUUGGGGGACAGGGAGCUGAAGGACGUGGUUAACCCAAGACUGUUUGCCCUGAAAAAGACCCAGCAGUAUAGAUUUCAGAUCAAAUACUUGCCUGGCAAGCGCAACCACGCCACGGAUUUCCUGUCUCGCUACACGGCACUCUGCGCACCACCAGACGUUGUGGAUAAAGAGCAGGCCAGCGCAAUAGAGGUCGCGGUGGCGGCCGCGACAGUGGCAGCACUCGACAGUGGCGAGCAGAUAGUCAUGGACAGCGCGACAGUGCUGCAAGCGGCCGCUGAUGAUCCAGACUAUCAGCUACUCGUCGCGAAGGUAUCAGCAGGAGACUGGAACCCACGCCGGGCGCAAGAGGUGGUCUGCCUGCGUCAGUUCUACGUGGUCAGGGACAGGAUGGCGGUGUCGCAAGGCCUGGUGACUUACACCUUCGAGCAGGGGUCAGUGCGCCUGGUGAUACCGGUGACGCUGAGACAACGUGUGGCGGCGAACCUUCACGCGGGCCACCAAGGGCUGGACUGGAUGUUAAGAAGGGCGAGGCAAGCUAUGUAUUGGCCCAGCAUGGAAGGUGAUCUGCAGCACCACAGAGAUUCCUGCACCGUCUGCAACGCACACUCACCCUCACUCACCGGCUGGCUCGAAAUAGCACACUUUGUCAGCGGCGCCACUUCAAGCAAACUUGCGUCAGUGCUUAGGCAAUACUUCAACCGGUGGGGCGCUCUAGAAUCAGUCUCCACGGACGGGGUAACUAACUUAACCAGUGAGGAGAUGUGCAACUUCUUUGGGAGGUGGGGAGUGGAGAGGAGGGUAGCCUCUGCCCACUUCCCGCAGUCAAAUGGACGGGCAGAGGUCGCAGUGAAGUUCGCCAUGAGGCUGCUGCGGGCCAACACGGACGCCUGA